AUGGCGGCGCCCAUGACGGAGAGGGACGCCUUUCAAUCUUCUCUGAUGACGCUGCCGCUUCGUCAUCGUCACCCCCGGAACGUUUGUUGCCCGGAACCUUCGUUCCCGGGCGCGGUUGCCGCCCCCGGUGAGGGGGAGGGCCACCCCAAGAUGGCGGCGCCCAUUGCCGAGGGGCCCCCCGGGCCCGAUCCCGGCCGAGGCUCCCGCGGGCCCGAUCCGGGAGCGGCUCCCUACGGGAAUUUCCCGAAUUAUUCCCGGUUCCACCCCGAGAGCCGCCUCCGCCUCGUGCCCCCCGGGCUGCUCCAGGCGCUGUUCCCCGACCGGCCCCGCCCGCUGCUGGGGCUCGAUGUGGGCUGUAACUCCGGGGAGCUCAGCCUGGCCCUUUACCGUCACCUGCUGAACCUCCCCGCCGGCUCCGACCCCUCCCCUUCCUGCCCCGAGGCCGGCCGGGAGCUCAACCUGCUGUGCUGCGACCUCGACCCGGAGCUGAUCGGGCGCGCCCGGCGGAGCAGCCCCUUCCCGGCCUCCUGCGUGUCCUUCCUUUCCCUGGAUAUCAUGGAUCCCGGCGCCAGGGGGCCCCUGCUGGGCUCCCACCUGCGGCGCUUCGGCCGCCGCCGCUUCGACCUGGUGUGCUGCCUGUCGGUCACCAUGUGGAUCCACCUGCGCCACGGCGACCGCGGGCUGCGGGAAUUCCUGGGAUUCCUCAGCUCCGCGGGCUCCGUCCUGCUCCUGGAGCCCCAGCCCUGGAAGUGCUACCGGGCGGCGGCCCGGAGGAUGCGCCGGGCUGGGCGGGAGGAGCCGGAGCAUUUCAGAUCCCUGGAGAUCCGCGGGGAUGUGGAGGGAGGGAUCGGGCGCAUCCUGAGCCGGGAGUGCCGCAUGGAGAGCCUGGGGUGCCUCGGAAGCACCCGCUGGAAGCGCAGCGUCCUGCUCUUCAGGGCCACGCGGGAAUGCGGCCUGGAGUGGCCUCUGGAAUGUGGGGAGGAGGGGGGGGAAUGUGGGGAGGAGGAGGGGAAGGAAUUCCUGCAGAUCGGCUCUGAGAGACAUCCAUGGGGACAGGAGCUCCUGCUCUUCAGGGCCACCCGGGAACGGGGCAUGGAGUGGCCUCUGGAAUGUGGGGAGGAUGGGGGGGAAUCUGGGGAGGAAGGGGUGAAGGAAUUCCCAAGUCCCAGCUCUUGA